AUGGCCAACCGCGACGAAGAGUUCCCCCUCCCCGAACGCACCCCAGAGAACCCCUUCGGUGGAAUCGUUGAAGACAGACUCGGCGGCCAGAUGAAAAUUACAACAUACGUCGACUACUUCCACACCAUGUACAAGGCGCAGUACUUCCAGCCCUUUGAUCCCUACCUCGAUUGCGUAGUGCUCUUCCACCCGGGUCUCGGCCACCCGGCUAGCUCCCACGAGUGGGAACAGACGCUCCCCUUACUCCUUGAGACGAAGGUCCCUAUUAUCACCACGGGCUACACGCAGUGGGAUAUGGAGCGCGACAUCAACUGGGUGCGUGAGAAGUGUGCGGGCGAGUUCGAUAUCCUGCUUGAGCCCGGCGAGAAUAUCUUCCGGAGUCUCCGGUGGGAUCUGAACGAUCUAGAUCCGCAUGAUGUCUCUUGCGGCAACUGGGGACUUUGGGCAUUUAGGGGAAAGAGGUACGAGGCGAUGUACAAGGACUCGUGA